AUGAUGCCUCCGCCGCUCUUCUCGGUCGCGGACAUGCGUGUCGCUGAUCGACAUGUUGUGCGGAAAGCUGCUAUGCUCGUGGGCCUGGGGAACUACUCUCAUCCGACCACCCGCCAUUCCAUCGGGCAGUACUGCCUCUCCCCCCUCAUCCACCGCGCCGAGGCCCACGAUGCAGCAUUGCGUGCCGAGGUCGCGCGGCGCGUCGCGCGGCUGUCGCCUGAUGCACAGACAUUCGAGCUGCCUGUACCUGCCGCGACCGAGCCGUUCCGGCCCGUAGCCGCUUCCAAAGGCUGGCUCGCGCGCGUCUCCGUGCUGCUCGAUGCCGCGCCGCCCAAAGGCGAUGCCGCCCGUCGCUCGCCGCACUUUCGCAUGCAUGCCUAUCCCUACGUGCUGUACGACCUUGUGUUAUAUAUCCCCCGCAUGCUGAUGAACGUCAACGGCAAGGGCGUCGCUGCAGCGCGUGCGCUGUACCCCGAGUUGGCCGUCUCAGAUACCCUUCUCGUGCAUGACGAAUUGCAGCGCGCCUUCGGCAAGGUCUCUUUCAAGCACGGAGGCAGUGCGGCCGGACAUAAUGGGGUGAAGAGCGUGCAACAUCUUUUGGGUAACGAUGUGCCCCGCAUCCGCAUCGGCAUCGAUCGGCCCCCGGAUGGCAACGUCAGUGCGUACGUCCUGGGCCCCAUGCCUCCUGACUGGCUCGAGACAUGCGCUCACGGCGACGUACUCGAGCGCUUGUGGUCCACACUGCAAACAUGGUGUCUAUCACGUACCUAG